AAUAGUAUAAAUAUUUAUCAGUGUAAAAAAAAAUCCGUAUUAUUUUGGUUCUGAUGAAUUUGAGCUGGUAAAGUCAUUAAACGUUAUUUAAUAAGAGGAGUGAAGAGUUGAGGUGAUCUCUCAUAAGAUUAAGGAGUAUAUAUUUAUCUAUAUAUAUAUAUAUAUAUAUAUUCGUACAUAGUCUCUCUUCCCCAUUCAAUCUUUUCACUCUCACAUUUCUCCCAAAACCUAAUAAAUUAAUGUCUCCAACCUUGAAUCUCUCGACCGGCGCCGGCGACAUGAUCAACAACUCUAGCUCCAACUCCGGCCACAACAUUAUUCCGAUGUUUGGUCUCGAUCACCACAAUGAUGAGUUCUAUGAUCAAGAAUCUCAAGAACCUCCACAGUCAACAACUACUCAUCAUCAAGAACCAUCAUCAUCUUCUUGUACUGCUCCUACAGCAAUAAUUGACCCGUUUAGCCGUGGGAUCUUCUAUGCUUCAUUCCGCCAUUUCUGGUCCACACAAAGACAAGAAAUACGUAACAACCCCUUCGAGUUUCUCCUAUCGUAUCUCCAGCGCUAUGCAUUUGUCUAUGCAUUCACACUUUAUUCUGCAACUAUUGGACCUGAGAAAGACAUUAUUCCUGCUGAUCAAGGUCGAAUCUUUGCUCCUGUUGUAAGAAAAUUAAAUUCAUUCAUAGAGAAAUUAGAGAGGAAACCCUCAUUCGAAUCGAACGUGGACAACCUGACGAGUAAGGCUGUGGAGGAGAAGACCUCAAAUAUUUGCAGUGUGUGUUUGGAAAAUUUCAAAAUAGGCGAGGAUAUGACCAGGUUAAUAUGCGGUCAUGUGUACCAUAAGAGUUGUGUACUCGAGUGGUCUCACCGCUCCGGUCAAUGCCCCUUGUGUCGGAAGGAGUUGUUGCAGCCAGUGAUAAAUGUCGCAGUUGAAGUUCACGUCCGUUGUGACUGUGAUAAUGAUGGUAAUGGCGAUGGUUGUUUCGACUAUCAUUCUUUUAUGAAAAUUGAAGAUAUUAGCCCAGAAAAGAUUACUAUUUUGGCACGAUUUGAUGCAGAUAAGAAACUUACUGCCACUCUUUAUUUUCCCAAAUGGAAACCCAAGAGACACGGAAAUGGUGUUGCUGCAGCUCUGAUUGAAUAUACUGAUCUGGACAGCCAAUGAAUAAUCUGAUGAUAAGUUUUGUAGAGAUUUUUGAUUCCAGGAAAUUUGUAUAAGUUAGUUGAUAUAUAUAAUUAAGUUCGUGAUUAUAGCAGAGAAUUUGUACUUAGUCUAAUUAGUGAUAACUACAACUUUCUUUUUUAUUAUUAGUAUGCUUAGUUUUCCAUUUUACCUCAUUUUUCUUUUUAUGAAAUCUAUUAAUCAUGUGAUUAA